AUGGAAUCAGAAACCCUCUUCCCAGGCCUGGAGCACGGGGCCGGGCCCUGGGACGCACUAGUGCUUCUCACCCUGACCCUGGUCUGCGAGGUGGCGCCCAGGAUCCCCACCGGAGGCCACCGGAACCCCGGAGAGGCUCCAGUUUCUGGUUGCAAAAACGAAGACGAGUCCGCACACAGACCCCGGCGAAAAGCCCUCCGGGCGGCCUUCCCCGCACAGCAGCCACCCGAGAAGCCGCUCCCGACCCGCGGCACCGGGCGCCCAGGUGGGGCCUGCAGGGACUCGCGCGCCGGCGCCCGCCUCCCCGAGGGCCGGCCGGCCAGGGCUCCCGAGGACGCCGCGCUCGGCCCUGCGCCCCCGCCGCCUCUCCCUCCCCGGCCGGCGUCCUCUCCCGCCACGGGCCCCGGAAGGCCGCGCCUCACCUUGCGCCGUGCGCACUGCGCCGCAGCGCCGGGAACCCGUACUGGUCCACCGCUCCCGCGGCCCCGCGCUCCUCUGGGCGCCGCGGGGGCGGGCCCCGCGCCCGGCUCUCGCCAUGGCAACGCUACACUUCCGGCCCGCGGGGCCCAGAGCCGGAAGCCGCGGCGCCCCAUGGGAGCCCGGGGGCGGGCCCGAUCUUCCAGGGGGCGGGGCCCGCCCCGAGUGGAGGGCUGCCGGCGGCCUUGCGCGAGCCUUUUUGUGGCGGGGGCGUCCUCGACGCGGAUGGGUCGGGAGGGGCGAGCAGUCAGAGGGUCCCCCCUAGGGAGGGCGGCCGUCUGUGCUGGGCUUCUAAGACAUGGCCGGGGUCCACCCGACAAAGCAGAGUCAUCCCGGACGGAGGGACAAGCAUACCUGAAAGGGGAAGGACCCGGUGCCCGGGGCCAGUGGAAGUAA